CGGUGUCAUUUGCUGCCAGUCGCCGAAGGAUCCGUUAAAGUUUUUCGGUGAGUUGUUAUGGCUUCUGAUAUACCUAAAGUUCUCAUCUUAGGACAUUCUUUUGUCCGUCGUCUACAUUCGGAUCUUUCGGCUAAUUUUGAUUCCCGGGCGGAUCUUUCCUUUGGUUUUGCUGGUAGCAUCCAUGUUAUUUUGCACGGCGUGGGAGGACGCACUGUUCCUUUGCCUUGCGCCAGGGAUCUCCAUGUCGUUUCUCGGUCCUCUCCCGAUGUAGUUAUUAUUGAAAUCGGUACCAAUGACCUUUCCCGUAUUGGUCUUGAAGUUGUUGGCUCACGCAUUGAAGAAUUAGUGUUGCUCUUACGCAAAGAGUAUCCCGUUCGCGUCGUCGGUUUAUGCCAUGUUAUCCCACGGGGGCGUGCAUUCCGCGGUCACCGCGUAUUUAACAGAAAUGCUGAAACCCUUAACCAAAUCUCGAGUGUUCUUCUCGGGUCCUUGCCAAACGUGUUCUGCUGGUCACACAGGGGUUUUAAAAACCCUUUCCAUACUCCAUUCCUCCUUGAUGGACUUCCUUUGUCUCAAGAUAGCCAGUAUAUGCUGUAUCGUAGCUAUCGCGGUGCUAUCAUUCAUUCAAUCAACUUACUCAAGACAACGGAGACCGUAACUCAUCUUUAACGAUCGAUCUACAAAAAUGAAAAAAGCAUGAAAAGAAAAAUUAGCCACAAACAAGUGUGAAGGAGGCACAAAAAAUUAUGUGGAUGAACAGAUAUAAGUGAAUGAAAUACUUCAAUGCAGUUGGUGAAACUGCAUGAAAAAAAAAAACAAUACCACCACAAGGCAAGACUUAUAAAGAGAACAAAGAGAAGCAACAGAUAACCUGCAUCGUCUCUGGGAAGAUGGGCUACACAUCUGUACUACCAAUCUGGGAGAAAAACAAAAACACUCCAAAACUACUAUGAUGGCACUAUUAUGAAGAAACACAAUAUACAUGCUGUGAUACUAUAAAUGCUACAAUUACAAGUGUGGUCUGACUACCUCUAACGAAGAACUGCCAAAGGAAGACAUAAUCUGGAGGAUUACACUUGUCUAAUGACUGUUGAGGGGAUAGCAAACUCAUUGGCAUAAAGCAAUGGUUUAAUCUAUCGGGAAAAGUCUUCCGAUCUACACAUAUGCUGCUGAAAUAAUGUAUAAUGGUAUAACCUCUAAAAACUCUGACAGCGAACGAGCUUGGUGCUUGUCACCCUCUGACUGGAUUCUGCGAUUGAGUACUGUGUACAUAUACGAAAAAAACAAGCCAUAACUUUUGCUUAAACCUAUAAAUGAGUGACAAAGAAGAAUCAAAGGGCUCUGUGAGCCGACUUAUUCGCACUUGUCAUAAUGGUCCAUAAUGAAUGACGUCAUAGCAAGUGCUCCAUAUUGCAUUAUUGCCGAAAAUCUCGGAUUCCCUAUUCAGACAAAAAAACCCUGCAUAUCAUCCCCCGCUCCGCGCUCUCUUUUCUAGAGCAUACGCAGUUGAACUGAAAUAUGGUUGAAUGCAAUUAAAGCAAAUAAACCGAGUCUGCGAUGUGCUCCAAAUUACUAUUGUUCGGCCCCUGAAGAUCGUGCCCCCCCUCCCUCGCUUGGUCUCUCAGGUCCCUGCUUGUUUAUCCACAUGUUAUCCUCCCCGCACCACGCAUACCCUGCUGCGCAGAGCUUUCUGUGUCGCUCGUUUCCUUUCUCCCACAUCAACCUCAGCUGAAACGAGCCGGAUUUCGCGUUCCCAUUGUUUCAGAGUAGUGGUCCAGUAGCCAAUCAGAGAACGUUUUGGAAUCGGACCAAAAUAGAUGUCUAGUGUUUCCCGUGUGAAAAUGGCGGCGAUCUACUUUCCGAAAUCUAGAAUGUUCGCUGUGAUUGGUCAAUUUCGGGGACGCGAAAUUCGGCACGUUUCAACAGAGGUUGAUGUGGGAGAAAGGAAACGAGCGACACAGAAAGCUAUGCACAGGAGGGUGAGAAAGGAAACGAGCGACACAAUAAGCUAUGCACAGGAAGGAACACCCCGCACAGCUUCAACUUGCUAUGAUGAACCAUGGCUGCCAAAAGCAGUGCUUCACAUUUAAAAGAUAUCGAAGGUUAUGUUCAUAAAGUGUUAGACGUAAAGGUACCGGCCACUGGAAAUCGAUAUUUUGACUUCAAAGUCCAAGAGAGGGAGAAAGAAAGGCGGGUUGUAUGUUUUAGCCCGGAUAGCAGAAGUGAAUUGAGAGAAAGAGAGGAAUCGAAACAGCCAGUGAAACUGGAGAGCGUUUCCCCAAACAAGAGAAAGUUCGAACACGAUGCAGUCGAAUACAAAUUCCACAGCUUCUCGAAGGUUUCUUUAAAGAACCCUAGCUUUCCGUUGAAGGAUGUCGAAGGAGAACACGCAAACGCUUCCAUCAAGUACAUUUUAGAAAACUGUGCUACGGACGACAUUGUAGCAUUGAAGGGUAAAGUGCUGUCUAAAGGGAAAGAACAACAUGUCCACUCCUACGUCUACAAGAAGGAUCUAAGGAAAUGCGAAUUGGUGAUCGGAGAUUCGGCCGGAGCCAUACCUUUGACGGUCUGGGAAGAGUUCGUCAAAGAAGUUGAAGUUGGGCAGUCCUAUACUUUCAGUGAAAUCAAAGUCGGAUAUUUCAAGCGACGGUGCAUUAGCACCACCCCAAAAUCGACGAUCAAACCCUGUGAGGCGCUCGUUCCAACACCUGCUAUAGAGGUUGAAGCAGAGAGUUUCAAGCCAAAAGAAAAGGUCACUAAAGAUGUCAAUGGAAGCAUUGUUGCUGUGGAUGCAAGAAAGCAGUCCGUUUGUAUUAAUUGUAAGAAUAAAAUUAGUGACACUCCAGAAGGAUCAACAGUGGCGAGGUGUAACUACUGCAAGUUGAUGAUGAAAACAAGCAAAAUGGAUGCAGUUAUAAAUGCACACCUAGUGAUUAGUGGAGAGGAUGGGGAAAUUAUUGGACGCUAUCGGGCUUCAUCGAAUGUGUUAAAGGCAUUUAUGGAUAACAUUGCUGGUUUAGAAAACUAUCAUAUUGCAGCAAAGAAUUUCCAAGAGCUGAGCAAGAACCUAAUUCCGGAGACCCUUUUGUGUCUUGAUAAAGUUUUCUUUAAACUGGACGAUGAGGGGAAAGUUGUAAAAGUAAUGAAAGUUGUGCAAGAGGAGAACGUUGUAGAAGUAAUGAAAGUUGUGCACGAUUAGGGCAGGACUUCUAACAAUGUUUGUAGUUAUGAAUAGGACUGUUGUUGAUGCUAAUUUGUUGCUUCGCGGUGGAAGCAAGCAUUCAUGUGAAGAAGUGAACGGACGUUUAUAUUGCGUACUCAACUAAGCGGUCUCCUGUAAUGUAAAAGCUUUACGAGAAAACUACUAGAGACGAAUAUAAAUACACCCAGUUGAUCUUGUUCCCUUAUGUUUUCCUGCUACCGCUACCAAACGUUAUGACUUUUAUGAACUAAAGUGCGUUGGUGAGGAAAGGUUUCAGUGUUAAGUUAUAGAAGUUCCGUUGUUUUCAUGUGAUAUUAAAUAAAUGAUAUUGAUAUAAGAAGAUGUUAUUGAAUUCUUCCAUUUGUAUAGUAAAAAAUGAGUAAUAAAUUGUUGUGUUUCAAA